UUCAAUAUUCUUGAUAUGAAUGAAAAUAGAAAAAUAAAAAAGGAAAACAAAAAAAAUAAAAACAUUCAAAAGAUUAUUGAAAAGAAAGAUCUAAAUUUGAUUAUACCAAAAGAAACUAAAAAUCCAAAACCUAUUGAUGAAAAUGCAAGACCAAACCAUUUCAAAAAUUUAACUGAAGAUUCAAUAAAAACUAAAAAAGAAGUAAAAGCUACAAAAUUAAAUGAUAGCACUUUUCAGCAAAGUUCUUUGCGAGUACCUGAAAAUAUAAGGUUAGAUAAUGAAAAAGUUCAAAAAAAGUUAGCAAGGAAACUAGCAAAAGACAAUAUUCCUCAAAGAAUAAAUAUUGAGAAAAAAAUUGCUCUCUUUUCUCAUUUACCUCAAUAUGAUAAGAAUAUUAUGUCAAUUACAAAGAACUUAUCAUUUUCUACUAUUUUAAAUACACAUAUUAUAAAACUGGGCUUGCAAUAUGCACAACACAAAAUACUUGGUUCAAAUUCUCGUUGUCUUUAUUUAUUAGAAGUUUUAAAGAAAUUAAUAUAUGAAUAUCAAAGUGUGCCACAAAAAGAAAUUCAACGUGAUUUAGAGUCAAAGCUUAAACCUAAUAUAUUUUUUUUAUCACAAUGUAGACCACUUUCAAUUAAUAUGAGAAAUGCAAUUAAAUAUAUUAAAAUGCAAAUAGCUAAAAUUCCUCCAAAUUUCACAGAAGCACAAGCGAAAGCUCUAUUAAUUAGUUCUAUUGAUGAUUAUAUAAUGGAGAAAAUAGUAUUAGCAGGGGAAGCUAUAUCUAAAACAUAUGCAAUCACCAAAAUUUCAAAUUAUGACACCAUAUUAAUAUAUUCAUAUUCAACCCUUGUAUUUAAAAUCCUUUAUGAUUGCCAUAAAUCCAAUAAGAAAAUUCAUGUUUUGGUAGUGGACUCACGCCCUGAUUUAAGUGGAAAAAUUAUGCUUCAAAAAUUGCUCAGAAAUGGGAUCAAAUGCUCAUAUCUAUUCAUUAAUAACCUAUCACAAGUUAUGCCAAGAGUUAACAAGGUAAUUUUAGGAGCACAUGCUUUAUUGGCCAACGGUUAUGUAAUGGGUCGUGUUGGGGCUUCUUUAAUAACCCUUUGUGCUAAAUUGUAUAAUGUGCCUGUGCUAUUGUGUUGCGAGACUUAUAAGUUUGCAGAAAAAGUCCAAACCGAUUCGUUUGUAUACAAUGAAUUAGCUGAUCCUAAUUCUUUAUUGACCGCCGAGUCUCCUCUCAAAGAUUGGGAGAAGAUAGACAAUCUAAAUUUGCUAAACUUGACCUACGACGUUACCCCACCCGAAUUUAUAACUAUGGUUAUCACGGAAUUGGGAAUGCUGCCUUGUACGUCUGUACCCGUUAUACUACGCGUCAAACAUUUGGAAUAAUUAUAUUUAAAUAAAAUAUAAAACAAUCGGUAUUUGAGGAUUUUUUUAACGUUAUAUUGUAUAAUUAGAAUAUGCUAUAGAUGGUGACAAAUGAUGAAAUAUAUCAGGAUGUCGAAAUAAAAAUCAGAUUUAGCAAUUUUACAUAGUAUUGGCCAUUGAUUUAAAUAUGCUAGGAUAUUAUAUGUAAGUAUAUUCUGUCUGCUCUCAUUAGAAUCCUUUAGAUUAAAUAAUUAGAAUAGGCUAAAUAUAUGAGAAGCGUGCAUAUGAGUUAAAAUAUUUUCAAAAUCACAAUUUAUACUAAUAAUAAUCAAUUUCAACAUGCUAUAUCCAU